GCUAGAUCAUGUAAAUAGGCAAUGUCAUAAACAAAACUUGCAAUAAGGUUUUAAUACAAUUUGUACAAUUUUUCUGCAGUUCGGAUUCUUUUAAUAUAAAUGGGGGUGUUGCAGUGUUAACGUAGAGAAAAAGUAUGCGCAGGCUAGAAGAAAAAGAAAUUGCAGUGUGACUGUUGUCCUUCGCGUCCUUGUUUUGUUUUUGUUUUUCCAGAAUUCCCAAGCAGGAUGACAGGUUCAGGCCUCGAUAACCUUGGUCUCACGCUAGAAUGAUUGCAUGACAUUAUGCCCAAGGAGGAAGGUUAUUUGCCUACGUUUGUAGUCGGUUGGAAUGAGAGUGUGUCGAGGAUUCGUGCUGCUGGGAUAUAUUUGAAGAGUGGGAAUUGAGAGCUCGCGGUACUGGUAUGAGUACCAGGUGAUGCGUGGACAUCCUUGGUUGCGUGUGACGUUGUUCUGAGUGGCGCUAUGGGCGUGGGGCUCGCUUGUGGGUCCGGAGGCAGACGUGUUCGUCGGUCGCUCACCAAGAGACUGUUGGGCAUCGCGCCUGCGAUCUGGCUCUGCCUGAACGUGGCGUGUGCGGGCGCCGCCCCCCAGCCAGCCCCCUGCGACAAGUCGCGCAAGCUGCUCACUGACUCGUGGGGGGUCAUCACGGACGGGCCCGUGGGCUCCAACUACACCCAGGACUCCCACUGCGAGUGGCUGAUCAAAGCCAAUGGCAGCAGCCGGUUCAUCACGCUCAGCUUCCGCAGCAUGGGCACAGAGUGCUCCUACGACUACAUAUUCGUGUACGACGGAGACUCCUUCGAAGCCCCUCUGCUGGGCAGCUUCAGCGGCAAGACGGAGCCCCAGAACAUCACCGCCACGUCGGGAUCGAUGCUGAUCCUGCUGUACAGCGACACCAACUACGUGCUGGACGGCUUCCGCGCAGAGUACUCGGUGACGGACUGCCCCGGCAACUGCACGCACCCCUCGCGCGGCAUGUGCCUGCUGAACGUGUGCGUGUGCGAGGCGGAGUGGGGCGGGCCGGACUGCGGCGUGCGGGCGUGUCCCGGGGACUGCGGGGCGGCGCACGGCCGCGGCAAGUGCCUGCUGGGGCGGUGCCGCUGCGCCCCGGGCUACUCUGGCCGGGCCUGCAGCCUGCACCGCACCAACUCCCCGGGCAACAGGUGGCACUGGCUGUCGCGCUCCAACAGCGGGCUGCUGCCCCGCGCGGCGCACACCGCCGUCUACCACAACGAGACGGAUGCGCUGUACGUGUUCGGGGGCUACGACCUGAACCGCGUGCUGGGCGACCUGGCGGUCUACCGCUUCGAGACGAGCCAGUGGGAGGAUGAGGAGGGCAAUCUCCUGGACGGGGUGUCGUCGACGGUGGACACGCUGGACCCCCAGUUCCUGGCCGCGGUCCUGGGACAGGUGGGGGCCGGCGGGGAGGAGCGCUGGGGGCUGCGCAAGUCCACCUUCUUCCGCAACCUGCUGUUCUCCAUCGCCGACAACGCCACCUUCACCAUCCGGCACCGGGCGCGGGACGCCGCGGCCGGCCGGCGCUGGCGUCGCGAUGAGCCGGGGCCGGGCGGGGAGGAGGAGGGGGGGGCGACGGAGGAGCUGCCGCUGCCCUCCCGGCCCGCCCCGCGCUACGGCCACGCCGCCUGCAGCUACGCGGGCGGCAUGGUGAUGUACGGGGGCAAGCUGGCGGACGGCUCCCUCUCGGACGAGCUGUGGCACUACGACGCGCACGAGCGCGCCUGGUCGCUGCGGGCGCUCCGCUCCGAGACGAGGCCCCCGCCGCUGACGCGCCACACGCUCACCAGGGUGGGCGGCCCCGACGGCUGGCUCUACGUGUUUGGGGGCAGCACCCUGGGAGGCGCCUUCUCCUCCGGCCUCUACCGCAUACGCCUCAGGCUGGACGCGAACGCGACGGGGGAGGAGCGCUGGGAACCGGUGCGCGUGCGCGGGGGCAAGGAGCUGGACGUCCGGCUGGUCGCGCACACCACGGUGCACCACGCCCGGAGCGACUCCCUCGUGGUGUACGGGGGCAUCGCGGCGGGGGUGGCUCGCUUCUCCAAGCUCAGCGACCGCAUGUUCCUCUUCCACCUGCGCGGCCGCCACUGGUCCGAGAUACACUACCCGCGCGCCUACCUGCGCGACAACUACGUGCCGCGCGAGCACGCCUUCCACACCAGCACGGUCAUGGGCAACUACAUGGUGGUGUUCGGGGGCUACUCCCACCGACACAACAAGGAGGAGAUCUGCUACGACAACCAGAUGUACCUGUACCACCUCGGCUGCCACACCUGGGUCAGCCACGACAUCCUCGGGACCCCGGACAAGGACUUCCGCUACCCGAAGCAGCAGGGGGUGUUUGCGCACGCGGCCGACAAGCGCAACGGCAACACGCUGCUGGUGGUGGGGGGCUACCACGGCAACGUGAACGCGGACCUGCUGGCCUACGUGCUGCCGCCCGUGCUCGCCAGCCGGGAGGGGGACGCCUUCGACACGGAGCAGAUGUGCAGCAGGCACCGCACGAUCCUGGCGUGCACGGCCGACCCCGAGUGCGGCUGGUGCUCCACGGACGAGGUGUGCUACGGCCGCACGGUCGACAUCAACUGCACGACCAACCUGCAGUCGACGCGCUGCCUGGGCGUGUGCCCCGCGCUGGGGGACUGCCACUCCUGCCUCGUGCACGGCAACCUCUCGGCCGCGCCGCCCUCCUCCGUGGCCUACAAGAUGAAGCUGGGCCAGUGCGCGUGGUGCGUGCAGAACGCACGCUGCCAGCACAAGGACGACAAGUACUGGGUGUGCGGGCAGCGGGAGGACGCCCCCUCGCAGGUCCCGGGCUGGUGGGGCCCCACGGGCACCAAGGUCAGCCAGGUGGAGGAGUGCCGAGUGCUGGACCGCCGGCCGGGGCUCACCUUCCUCAAGUACCACGAGCCCGCCGACUGGUCCCACCCCGACCACGUGUCGGUGAUCAACGCCACGACGGUGGACUUCAGCAUGCUGAGCCCUGGCACGCGCACGGAGCAGGCGGUGGGCGGGGAGGUGACCGCGCGGCUGCUGGGGUUCCUGUGGCCGCCCCGGCCGUGGGGCGACGGCACGGACGCGCUGCGCGUGUGCGCGAGCCACGCCAGCGCCGUGCUCAGCCUGUCCCGGCCCGGCCAGUCGGAGCUGGAGGUGGUGGGCAACCUGACUGCGGAGGGGCAGCAGUGCGCGGCGGCCCAGUGGCCCGGCGAGGGGCAGAGCCCCGUGUCGCUGGCCCCCGGCCGCCACCUCGUGGACCUGGAGGCACGCAGCAUGCUGGCCCAGUUCAACAGCAACCACCACCACCAGCACUCCAAGAUGGAGCUGCAGCACCACCAUGCCGGCGACAACGCCAAGGUGUUCACGUUCGAGUUCCUGGAGCCAUACGGGAACGGGUCGUGCGCGGCGUACGGUAACUGCCUGCAGUGCCUGAGCGACGCGCUGUGCGGCUGGUGCGACCUGGGCAUGCGCUGCGUGCCGCGCGCGUCCCGGGAGUCGGAGGCCUGCGCGGGGCCGGACGGCGACUGGCGCUACCUCACCCUGCUGCCCGCCGCCUGCCCCAACUGCUCCAACUACGUCAGCUGCGACGCCUGCCUGGGCUCGGGCCAGUGCGAGUGGUGGGUGGAGGACGCCAAGUGCGCUCGCAAGGGAAGGUCGCGGGAUGCUGUGGUGGACCCGGAGCAGUGUCCUGUCCCGUGCCACCUGCGGGACAACUGCACUGGCUGCCUGGACCUGCCCGGGCGCUGCGUCUGGUGCGAGGCCACCCAGGAGUGCUUCUCGUUCGCGGUGUACACGUCGGAGUACCAGUUCGGGCUGUGCCGGGAGUGGGUGGACCAGCCGUACGGCGGCCAGGCCGUGCUGGGCGGGCCGAAGCACGGCCUGGUGCCGGCCAGCCGGCAGUGCAAGUCCUGCAGCCAGCACGCCAACUGCUCCAGCUGCCUGCACACGCUGGGCUGCGGCUGGUGCUACAACCCGGACAAGCCCAUCCAGGGGGCCUGCGUGCGGGGCGACUUCACCCGGCCCCGGGCCGAGCCGUGCAGCGAGGUUCUGGACUUUGCCGGCAUCGUGGGGGCCAGCUGGGCGUACGCCCAGUGCCCGGACGUGGACGAGUGUGACCUGGGGCUGCACGACUGCCACCCCAAUGCCACGUGCACCAACACGCGCGGCUCCUACAGAUGCCAGUGCAACCGCGGCUUCAGCGGCGACGGCAAGGUCAACUGCGUCAAGACGUGCUUCGAGGACUGCGUCGCGGGCUACUGCAUGCCGGCGCCCGACUACAAGUGCAAGUGCAACCUGGGCUGGCACGGCAAGGACUGCGGCCUGGACUGCGGCUGCCACAACCACUCCACCUGCGCGGGGGGGUUCGGCCGCUGCGACAACUGCGAGGACUGGACCACCGGCGACUUCUGCCAGGAAUGCAGGGUGGGCAGCUACGGCAACGCCACCACCAGCCUGGGCUGCAGCGAGUGCAACUGCAACGGCCACGGGGACCGGGACCUGGGCAUCUGCGACCGCGUCACCGGCAAGUGCUUCUGCCAGGACAACACGGAGGGCGAGCACUGCAGUCGCUGCAAGCAGGGCCACUACGGCGACCCCAGGAACGGGGGCAUGUGCUACCGGCAGUGUAUGCCCCGGGGCAUGCUGACGGGGCUGGAGCCCCAGGGUCUGGGCAGCCGCUUGGGGCACCUGAACCUGUGGGAGUCCCGGGGAGGCGCCCCGCCCACCAAGGAGUGUCUCUGGAUCAUCAACCCUUUUGGCAUCAACAUCACUUCGCCUCAAGACAGUGCGUCCAGCAUCAUCCAGCUGACGAUCCACAAGGACAUCAACGUGAGCUGCCAGGAGAACAGCGUGUAUGUGUACGACGGACUGCCGGCCUUCGUGUCGGCCACCAGCCACCAGACGCACCUGCUGGGCGUGUUCUGCACGGCCGACUCCAAGUACCCCGUCACCGUCGAGGCCAAGUCAGGCACAAUGACGGUGUUCUACAAGCAGGGCGACCUGAGCGAGGGCUUCAACGCCAGCUACACGGUGCUGGCCUGCGCAGACAAGUGCCUCCCCAACGACACCUGCACGGGCAAGUGCCCCCUCGACGACAUCUGCCUCAACAGCUGUCUCCUCGGCAGCGCCUGCGAGGACGCGUGCGCGACCGCCAACGACACCUGCGCGGACCAGUGCGACGCCGGCGAGACCUGCCCCAAGUGUCCUCCCAAUGCCACCUGCGCGGACAGGUGUGCUGGGAACGCCUCGUGCGCGGAGAAGUGUGGCCUCAAUGCCACCUGCGCGGACGUGUGCACCUCGAACGCCACUUGCGCGGACGGUGGUUGUCCUCCGAACAACGCCACCUGCGCGAGCAAGUGCGCCCCGAACGCCACGUGCGCAGACAAGUGCCCGAGAAAGGAAGCGUGCCUGGACAAGUGUGCCCCCAGCAACUGCACCAACAAGUGCGGGCCCAACCACCGGUGCAGUAAGGGUCGCUGCGUGUGCGAAGAGGGCUGGGCCGGCAUCAACUGUGGCACGGAGCUGUGCCCUAACAACUGCAGCGUGCACCUCAAGCAGGGAGCCUGCGACAAGGCGUACGGCCACUGCCUGUGCGCGCCGGGCUUCGGCGGCGAUGACUGCGUGGCGCCCCUGCGCGGCUCCCAGCUGGUGUUCUCGCAGCUGUUCGACCCGGGGCGCCUGGCCGACCACCUCGACCACUUCCGCAACCAGGUCCCGCGGUUCGGCCACAGCGUCGUGGCCGACCGCCGCGGCUUCCUCUGGAUGUUCGGGGGCAUGUCCCUCACGUACGGGCCCCUCAACGACAUCCGCCGCUUCGACAUCGACAACGGCACCUGGGACCUGGUGACGGUGGACUCGACGCGCGAGACGGAGCCGGACGAGCCCUCGAUGCUGCCUCAGGGCCGCUACUUCCACGCGGCCGAGUUCGUGCAUUCGCGCAGCGACAUCUACGUGCACGGCGGCCUGGCGCUCAAGGAGGACACGCUGGGGCCGGCCAACAACACCCUGGGCGACUUCUGGAGGUUCAACACUCGCUCCCAGCGCUGGGUCGACAUCGAGAGGAAGAAGGGCCCGCCCGCCCUGGCCGGACACACACUGACGCUGCACCACUCCAGCGCGGACUCCACGAGCCUGGUGCUGAUCGGGGGCUUCAACCCCGCCUACGGCUUCCUGGAGACGGUGUGGGUGUUCGACCUGGGCAACGAGACCUGGAGCGCCCUCGCCACCACCGGCAAUGGGCCCCCAGGACUGUACGGGCACAGCACGGUGUACCACGCUCCGUCCGAGAGCUUCUACGUGUUCGGGGGCUACGUUUACGGCGUGAACCGCACCUUCAUCUCGGACAAGCUGUACGCGCUGCACUUCCCGUCCAGGUUCUGGUCGGUGCUGCCCCCGUUCCAGGAGUACAACCCCCCGCAGCUGCACCUGCCGCGAGCACGGUUCCUGCACUCGGCGGUGAGCACGGACGACUUCAUGCUGAUCUACGGCGGCCGCACGCACCCGCGCAACGCCUCGGACGUGCUGGUGGCGUACGUGUACGCCUGCAACCAGUGGGUGCGUCUCACUUCCCGAGACGUGGAGAUGGUGGGGUCGCCGCCGCCGCCCACGUACGGCCACGCCAUGGCGCUGGACGCCGCGCGGGCCGGCCGGGAGGAGGUGUACGUGGUGGGGGGCUUCGACGGGGGCAUCCAGGGCCACGUGACCCGCAUCUCGCUACCGCGCGACCUGUGCCGGCUGUGGGCCACGCUGGACCGCUGCAGCAAGUUCGCUGGCUGCUCCUUCUGCAAGGAGUACGGCGAGGACCGCAACACCUCCUACUGCUACGCCAACGACCCCGCCCGCAACGACAGGUCGUGUGAGCUAGGGGAUCGCCGGGAGCACCACAAGAUAAUCGUGUGCAGCGACGAGUGGAUGGACGGCCGCAAGUGCGAGCAGUACGGCUCGUGCUCCGAGUGUCUCGCGCGCUGGCCGAGCCACCCCAAGGAGAAGCAGGUGUGCCAGUGGUGCGACAACUGCCGGCGCUGUGUGCCUGUGAACGGGGAGUGCGAGCGAGACGGGGCGUGCAGCAAGCACCAGCGCGCCGUGCUGGACGUGGAGCAGUGUCGUGAGCGGCAGUGCGCGGCCUCCGACUGCGACAAGUGUCGCUCCCUGGGCAACUGCGUCUGGACCCGCCAGGCGCUCAUGAACUCGCACCUGGAGGUGACGGUGAAGGUGACGGGCGAGCCGGACUACGACUGGGGCUGUGUGGUGGACGACAUCGCGGAGCGGCUGCGCAGCAACAAGCUGAAGACGUCUCCGCCCGCCUCGUGCCCCCCGCGCUGCAGCGACUACACGGACUGCAGCGCGUGCCUGCAGAGCCCGGGCGCCGAGGGCGGCUGGCACGAGUGUCGCUGGUCCGUCAAGCUCAACGAGUGCGUGUCGCCCAGCUACCAGCCGCUGUACUGCGCGGGCGGCGUGUGUGGCCUGGUGCUGCGUGGGGGCCACCUGGACCGCUGCCCCGAGCGCUGCGCCUCCUUCAGGCAGUGCUCCACCUGCCUGCGGCACGCCCACUGCGGGUGGUGCUCGCUGGAGGACGGGGAGGGCAGAGGCCGCGGCGUGUGCACGGAGGGGUCCCUGGACAGCCCGUCGCGGGGCCCGUCGCACUCCACCUGCGACCUGCUGUACUUCCAGCAGGAGACGCCCGCCUCAGGCCCGUCCCUCCGCGGGAACGCCUCGGAGAGCAACUCCACGGAGCUGUCCAUCAGCUGGAACUCGGCGAGCCGCAAGCCGUCCUUCUCGUGGCACUACGUCCACUGCCCGCCGGAGAACGAGUGUGCCAACGCCCACCACACGUGCGACAACCGCUCGGAGAAGUGCAUCGACCUGGACGAGGGCUUCCAGUGCGUCUGUGCCGCCGGGUACAAGUCCGACAAGAACAUGUGCGUGCCAGUGUGCGCGCAGGGCUGCGUGAAGGGCGUGUGCGUGGAGCCCAACAAGUGUCGCUGCGACUUUGGGUUCGUGGGCGCCAACUGCAGCAUCACGUGCCUGUGCAACGGCCACUCCAACUGCGCCGGGCCCGACAAGCUGGACAACUGCAUCGAGUGCUUCAACAACACGGAGGGAGCGCAGUGCGAGCGGUGCAAGCCGCUCUUCGUGGGCGACCCGCGGAACAACGGGCAGUGCGUGCCGUGCGUGGAGUACUGCAACGGCCACACGCACGUCUGCAUCAACAACAGCAGCGACACGUCUCUGUUGUCCACUUCCACGUCUCCACUGCUGUCCCACGAGAGCGACCACGUGGACGGCACACCCACGAUGCGCUGCAUAAACUGUGGCAACCGCACGGCCGGCUACAAGUGCGAGGAGUGUCUCCCGGGCUUCUUCCGCGGCUCCGAGGACCUGCGUGACCCCUGCCGCCCGUGCGAGUGUCACGGCCAUGGCGACACGUGUGACCCGGUCACGGGCGAGAAGUGCAACUGCCAGAACAACACGGAGAGCGACCAGACGUGCCACAGCAAGAACUCCAACACCAAGUGCUGGCGCGUGCAGUGCUCCAAGUGUCGCGAGUCGUACCUGGGCAACCCCACCGCCGGCCACCAGUGCUACCGCCAGAUGACUGUCGACUCCAAGUUCUGCUUCGACGCCAAGCAGCUGGAGGAAUGCCGCUCGAAGCCCGAGCCACUGCACCCUGGUCAGUCCGUGUUCUUCGUGGUGCAGCCGCGCUUCAUGAACGUCGACAUCCGCAUCAUCGUGGACGUGACUGAGGGCGCGCUCGACCUGUACCUCAGUCCCCGGGACGACACCAUCGUCAUCAGCGUGAACGCAAGCUCUGGGGCCCAUGUGGUGGGCACGGACCCGCGCUACCACAAGCGCGAGCGGGACUACAGCCCGCCGCCCGAGGACUACGACAGCCCCGGGCUGCCGGACUUGGUGGACCUGCUCCCGCCCAGCGCCGACCACCAGAACGCCAGCGCCGCCUCCCAGAUGUUCGUGGCCAUGGAGCGAGCCGCCCGCGGGCUCACCACCUUCGUCACCGUGCAGCGCAAGAACACGCUGCUGCGCGUGCGGGGCCUGCGUGACCGCCUGGUGCUCACGCUGCCCCAGGACAAGCACGACCUGGGCGCCACGCGCUUCUACCUCGCCCUCACCGCCGCCGACGCGUCGUCCCCCGGCCGCGGCAUCGUGUUCUUCCGCCAGGACCAGCUGCACAUCGACCUGUUCGUGUUCUUCUCCGUGUUCUUCUCCUGCUUCUUCCUGUUCCUGGCGGCGUGCGUGGUGGCCUGGAAGGCCAAGCAGGCGGCGGACGUGCGCCGCGCACGCCGCAGACACGUGGUCGAGAUGCUGCACAUGGCCAAGCGCCCCUUCGCGUCCGUCACGCUGCUGCUGAGCGACGCGGAGCCGGGGGAGGCGGCCCGGUCGCCGUGCCGCAAGAAGCGCAAGCAGCCGCUGACGGCGGGGGAGGUGCGUCCCGUGGCCGUGGAGCCCACGGACGACGGCGUGGCGGCCGUGGGCACGGUGUUCGUGCGGCUGCCCGGGGGUCGCGAGGCCCCGGUGCAGCUGGCCCUCGCCUCGUCGCUCGUCCUGCUCACCAGGGUCUACCCCCUGAACGGGCGGGCGUUCCUGCGUCGCCGCAGCAGCCACGCGCCCACGUAGUGGCGCCCCUGCCGGAGGCCCGCGACCGGGCUGUUCAGCUAGUCCGCCAGCCGGUCGGUUCCGACGUCUUCCAGACCCCACACGGAGGGAUUAGCGUUUACUCGUGUAUUGUCUCGGUGGUUUGAACAACAUGUACACCUACUAACAGGAGCCAGCGUGAGGCUGCACACUUCUACUUCGUUGGCUGUAAAGACAACUUGUGGUUUUAUAAGGAGACAUUCAGUAUUUCAUCUCUGAGUUAUAGGAGCCCCACUCUUUAUUUGCAUCAGUAAUUGUAAUUGAUAAGCUUGAGAUUUUUGAUUGAUUGAUUAAUUUAUAUUAUUAAUUUUUUUAAAUAAGUGUAAUUCAGUCAAACAUGUCCCUCUAUGGCCAGUUCAUUCCUGGAAAUGCUCUUGCGUUUUUGCAGUGAUUCUAGUUUUUCGGAAAGGUAAGUUCAAAUUGAUGUUAGGUUAUGAUUUGUUUUCGAGACAUUUCGUGUUGAUUUAGUCCUGUACUUAUCUUUGAGAAUUUGUAUGUUUAAAAACAGGAAUGCACUCCUAUAAAAAUGGAAAUUUUUUUUAGGCAAAACUAAGUAUUGAUAUCAAUAUCUUGAAUUACAUUCAUCAUUCAGCAGCAAUUUGUGCAAACCUUAGGUUCAAUGAGGAUAAGUGGUUAUCAUAAGGCAGUGUGGGAAAUGAUUUCUGUUCUAUUAUCUUGUGAAUAGAGUCAGUAAUGUUCGUUGUUUGCAAUGGGAGCCACUGUGACAUUUAAGUGAAACACCUUGUAUACAUCAAGGGCAAGGAAACAGAUGGUAAAAGGCAGACCCGCACUCUCUAGGCAGCUAGUAAUGACAUGAGUUGUUGCUGGGAAAAAAAAAAAUAUUAUUAUAGAGGGACUGACUGUUUUAAUUUUAAUGUACUCUUGUUUUAACCACGAUCAUUCCUUGGUGCUUUGUACUACUUCAUACUUGCAAUCUUAUUGAAGAAAUCAUGAAUUUGAAACAGACAUGCUAAUUGUCACUUUACACGUGAAUAUUUCAUGUGCUCGACAGUGCCGGACUCAGACUCAUCCAAAGGAACUCCUACCACGUGGUUUGAACUAAACGGCUCUUCUCGUUAGACGUGGCUUGCACACGACACUGUGCAGGCUGGCCGGGGCACAGCCAGUGGGUUCCUGUUUUUCUGGAACCAUCUACAUGACGUGGGCAACGUCUCUCCAACCCAGUUUGACGGUCCGUUGGCGUCCCGAAGAACAGUAUAUUCUGUCCAGAGUCCCAGAGUCUUGGAAUUCUCCUGGAUGUUUCCUUGUUGAGCUGAAACGCAGCCAGUGGGUGUGUGCUGUGGGUGAGAUCUAAAUCUGCCUCGGUUAAAAACUGCAUUUAUUACAUAACCCAUCUGUUUAUGUAUGAUUAUAUUCAUGCCAGUUACAAGUUGCAAGUGUAGAUUUGUGUUACUGUUGUUAUUUUAUAUUUCAAGGGUUUUCAGGUUCCCUUCCCUGUGAUAUUAUAUCUUGGUUCUGAAAUUAGUUUUUAAGUUUUGGGGUAUGUGUCUGGAUGUUAUUUGUUGGUUCGUUCAUAGCUAGUUUCUUGGUCUUCUAAGCUGAUUUUCUUCUACACCACACUCUCCCCCUACAAGUGUGGCUUCUAGGUUCCGCUGUGUCGCACUAUGGCUCUCUGAACUAAUUUUUCCUGUUAUCUCAUUGAUCCUAUGGAUACGGUUGUGAAUUUUAAUUCAAUUUUUGUAUGGCAUCAUUUUUUUUUAUGUUGAAAAUAACACAUUCCAGUUUAUAUUCAAUCAGAUAGGUGAGUGUUAAAACUGAAAAUGAAGCAACGACCCUGCCAGGUGUUAGCCGAGCCACGACUACCGCUUGAUUCACGCACAUUCUCGGGAAGCGAGCGAGGGACGGGAUGCUCGGUGGACCGUGGUGCCUCGCCGUGCCUCGUGGUGCCUCGUCGUGCCUCGUCGUGCCUCGUCUCGGAGCCGACCUCCGGGCCUGCCGGACGUGCCGUCGGCCUCGAAGCAAAGGCAGCCGUGAUCGAAGAGACUGAUGCGAUUGCAAUCAAUUCGUCCAGUUCUGCCCUUUAUCGCAGCUGCGUGGCUCAUGUAGGCGCAAGUGAAAGGGCAUGACAUCGCAUGUUUCUACUUUUGCCGAGCGAUUUGUGUAUUUACUUAAUUAUCUUUUAACAUGCUGUUGCCCAUCGUUGGUGCAUAGCUGUAAGCAAGUAAUGUUCAUGAAUAUGUAUUAAAUGUUUAUUUUACGUGUGUUGUGUGUAUUACGUAUUACUGAAAUGAUAAGUAUUAAAUACUCAUUCUAGAUAUGAAAUCAUAUGGUUAGGAGCAAUAGACUGUAUAGUUGUGAGUGUUAUAGCUGUGAAGUUUUGUUGUAACUUUAAGCAUGGUACAGUCCGUUGUGUACAGAAACACUUUGUUACAAAGUGGUGUAUUGUGUAAAGUGGUUUCAAAUUCCCUCCAGAAAACUUCUUUUUCAGUAACAUGUCAGUAUUAUGAGUACAGAACUGAUAUAUAAGUACUUUGUAGUGAAGGAUUCUGCUCUAGAUUGAUAGUCACCUUGUUGUUAUGAUUUUGAUUUGGUGUGUCUCUUUUAUGUAACGGCAUUUUGGGCAUUCCAACUUUUUAAAGAAGCAAUUGCAUAUAAAAUCAUUAUAUUUUCACAGUUCUAGUAUCCUGAUGGUACAGUAAAAGCUCUUGGAAGUUAACUGAUUUAGUACAUCAAAUUUUAAUCAUAUUUUGUUACUGUUGUUUAGUCUACUUUUUUCAUUACCUUUACUCACUGGUUUCAUUAUUUUUUAAUAUUUUUUUCUCCGUCCAUGCCAUGUACUUUUCGACUGUGCUAUAGUGAUAAAAUGUUAGCAUCCUCUAUCUGUCAUAUGCUACCCAAAUAGAAAAUGUCAUUCUAUUAGUGGUAGCCACGGAAACACAAAUCUGUUCGAUUAUUGCUCCACCAUCCCUGAUUUCCAAUUUCUGUGUAAUUUUUCACUUAAAACAAACAAAAUUUGAAAAUUUCUUACCUACUGUAAUAUUCAAUGCCUGUGGUAGAGUAUGUGGCAGCUUGUUUGUGUUCCUUCUAGUAGAAAAAUUAAAACCUAGUCAAUUAUGUGGUCAUGAUUAUGAGUGACGAUUACAUAACAUUUUAUAUUUAAAAUUAAAAAUACAGAUUUGAUAGUAUUCAAUAUACCAUACAGUAUACAUAAUUGAUAUCUGAAAAGAAUAUGUGAAAUGUGUAAUGUGGCUGAAGAAGUACGUAUUCCAUAAUAGUAAUUAUUUUGGUUAGCAAAAUUGUUCGAAAAUGUAAUAGUUUGCUACUAAAGGGGGACAUGUAGACUAUCAAUCUUUUCCAUUUUCUGUGUUGAAAACCUAACAUGAGCAGUUGUAUCAAUUCCUAAAACAAAUCAUUUACUACGGUAUUUCAAGUAUUUGGCAUCCUCCAUAAUGUCUGAUGGUGCAGCUACAAUUUUAAAUACCCAUAUAAAAAUUACCACAUUUUGAAUCACGCCUCAAAAAAGAAAAGGCAGUCAUUAUUUUGCAAAUAAGAUUUGGCAGGUUAACAUGUUAAUAUUAGUUUGGAGUAAGACUAAAAAAUCUAUCUGUAUUUUUUUUUAAUUGUAUGUGGCUCGUAAAAUUAAUUUGGGAGGUAUAAAAAACUUUUGUGGAUUCAUUUUAUCUCCAAAAACUAAAAAGUUGUAAUUAUUGUUGAAAUUGCAUAACUUCUGUACGUAAUGAUGUAUCUGUAUAGAUUUUUUUCAUGAUAAUUUUUUUGUGUCCAAACUGUGGUUUUAAGAAGGAAUCUCAUGAUUCUCUGUCAUUUAAAUUGUGUUGUAUUUUUACAUUAUUUUGAUCUGAAAUUUGUUUGGCAUUGUGUGUUUCGUAUUGUGUAGUUAUACAUGUGGAAUCAUAGUGCAGUUAUUGCUCCAUUUUACAGGGCAAUUUUUUUAAUUUUUGUACACACAAUUGUUUAGUCAUAUACAUACAUAAAUAGAUGUGGUAAUUUUACAACCAAUUAGACAAAUUUUAAUACAAGAUUAAGGUUGCUGUAAUGAUACAUUUUAAACUGUUUCUUUUAAUUGGUGUAAUUAUUUUAUGUUGCUCACUUUUGCGUACUUUUUAUUUUUAAAUAAUAUUUAAUUCAUUCUUUCUUCAGAGGCGACCGAGAGGGGAGAAGGUGUCUCCUCCUCAUCCUUCCCAAUAAUGUAACAGGUGCAGUGGAUAAAAAGACUUUUGAAGUAAACUUUGAGCUAUUUUAUACAUGUGGUAUUUAAUACUAAUGAAAGACAGAUGUAUAACUAUUAAAAUUUUAGUCUGGAUCUAAUAUCUGGACUCGGUUAUUAGUAUCUACACUAGAACCUCGAUUUUACGAACUUCCGAUUUAACAAAGCAAGUAUUAUACAAAUAUGUUUUCAGAAACCAUAGAAAAAUAAGAUAUAUUGACACCAAAAUAUUGUGCCGUUCAUUAGUAAAUUCGACACGAUAUAUUUUAAAUUUUUAUUAUGAUUUUAAAUUUUUGUGUGGAAAUUUUAUUUGCUCUACUAUAGUGUAAAUUUGUUAGUCUGGUGUACUCCUCUGAGUUAAACUUUGUCUCAGUGCCCUGAAGCCCCUUUCCCAUCGGCGUAUCGGAUAUUUUGCUGGCCUAACCCCUGACUGGCAGACCGCUUACCAUUACCCCCGCCUUCAGUCACGCCUCAAGCCUGUAAUAUUAUUUCUCUUCGUGACCCUAACUGCAUAGGCAAGCCUGUAGCUUGCAGGCGACCAGUUCGCAGAGACGAGCUGAGAUUCGCGUUUUUCAUCACGUAUUAGUAUUGUGUUCGCCCCUCUGCAGCCACGACGGGGCGUAGUUUCCCAUCAACGUUGCAUCUUACCCCACCUCCCCCCCUUCUCAGUUCCAAGUAAGACCAAUGACCGGUCGUAACCCCCUGGACACCGGUGACCGUUCUCAAGGUCUACCCGCAAAAACGAGUGCGCCAAAACUGAUCGCAAGAGCCACCUAGCGACCAAGUCGCGAACUUCUCCGCUUGCCUGCCCGCUAGGGCGCCAGAGAGCAGCACCUGCUUUGCCUUGAGUUAUAUGGACGCCGUGGUCGAGUCGAUUGUUUUCAACUCAGACCUGCUCCGACAGAGUUCUCUACGGUCGCCCAGUGUGGCCAACUUCAAGACUCCUGCUAGAGUUUUUUUCUCCGCCCGCAUUCGGGCAACUUCGGUAUUUUUCGGCGGCCCAGACACCCCCCCCCUUCCACCCGUUAGAGCCGGUGGGCACUUUUAAUUACGAGACGCGGCUUCCCGCGACACAGACCAACUCGCGUCGCGUCUGCAGACAGACCUCCAUCGAGUAUCGGCGAAUCGGCAAGACUUCAUCCGACCGCUAACGACUAUGUAGUCGCUUCGUAUAAGGGAUGCUAUCCCUCAAGUUAAUUCUAGUAGUUUAGUCUGUCUGCAUAGUUUAGUUAUUUGCCUUAGAAAUUUUUCUCUUUUAAAUUUAAUAAUGAAGAAAUCAUCCGCGUCCUGCCGCGCUAUUCGCGAGCUCCAGACCCUGGCUGACUCCACGAUGGCAGCGUGCUGGGCAACUCCCCUGUUUUGGUGAGUGAUAAUUCGCGACCCCCCCUUUUUUCCCUUAAAUUUCUUUGGGCAUUUUCUGCCCCAUAGACUGCCUGUAUACAAGUUCUAAUCAGGUUUGAUUUGGACUGUUGCAGACAGGGUUCGAUGACUGGGAGAGAUUGAUUGCUCUCAUCUCGUGCCCACCCCCCCCCCCCCCCUUCUGUUCCGUGGGUCACAUUAGAAGAAACGCUUCUACUACCCGACGUGAUCGUUUGAAGACCCCGGGUGGUAAUGUAAAUUCAACAUUUCCCCCUUACCUAGCUACGAACUAUUUUAAGCGGAUGACCAAACCACCAGCGACCAGUGUUUUUCUCAAGAAAAUGUAGAGCGAAUAGAACUAAUUAUCAAUGUAAUCAUCGGAUCCAUACAAUUUUGGGUGUGAAACUUAUAAUGCAAAUGUUUAUAUGUCAAACUAAUAAUGUAAAGUGUUUAAAGAUUCGUGGGCCGGCCCCAUUUUCGUUUUUCCUUUUGUUAAUCUUUGAAACUUGUUAAAACCUUGUGUGUGUAAAAUAAUCCAAACAAGAUAAUUCUUCAGGGCAAAUAAAACAGGGAAACUAUAGAUCAAGUUAAUCGUGUAGUUUUUAUUUAUUGAUUUUAACGAUCCACCAACUUCCUCCUUGCUUGUUACAGGAAGUUCCUAAAUUUUGUGUGUUCCCCACCUCGUGUCGCCUCUGGUAAAUCAAUUUAUUUAACUAAUUUUUUUUCAGCAUGUUUCCAAGGCUUUUUAAUUAAUUUAAAAUAAUUCAAUUUUGAGGCACGAGGGGUGUAACAAUAUAAAUAAUAAUAAAAAAAAUUUUUUCUGAAAAAUCACAUUGUAAGCUUAUAAACAUAUUUUUUUUUAUGCAUAACAUUUAUUGUGUGUAGGUUUUAAUACUCUCUAAUAAUUUCCUAUAAGAAGAAGGGAAAAAAUUGAACUUUUUGUUUAAAACUACGGCAGUGGUAGCUUCUGUAUACUGGCGCACACAGGUUUUCAGCUUGCUAUACAAACAAAAAUUUGUGAUGACUUUCAAAAAUUCCUGCAUUUCUCGCACUAUAAUGUUCGUACAGUAUUUUAAUGAAUGUGUGUGUCAUUACAGCGCAGUGUUUUUCUUAACCAUAAAUGUCUGUGAUCACUUUUCUAAUACUUAAUGCUUGUUCCCCUCGAUUCUGGUAAUUAAUAUGCGUUUGUAAACAUCUAAAACCGCGAGCUGUUAGGAAUAACUUAUAAAGCUGAUAAGAGGAAGCACAUUGAAAUGCAAGGCAGGAUAUUCUUUCAGCUUAUCAACCAGGUUCUGGGCAAGUCUUGUUUAACCAGUAGUACUUUUGAUUCUCUUUUUACUCUGCCUUUAUCACUUGUGUCUUUGGGUGGAAUCAUGCUGUUCACAAGUGGAAUAAGUCACUAGUCACGUGAUCGUAGGAAUAACAGUGUGUGUGUGAAAGGCUGGCAUGAUUACACCGCAUGGUACGCUGUAUCGUACGGUUUGCUACAGCAGAGACGUUAGCAUCCGAGACGGGCCAGUGCACAUUACCAUGUUCACACGUGCGGCCGCAGGUUUUUUCUUUGCAUUAAUGAUAUUAAAUAUUAAAUUAUAUUUUAUUUAUUAAGACCAAAUACACACAAAUAAUACCAGAUAUAUUUGGUUCAAAAUAACAACCUAAUAUAUUCGGUGGUUUGAUUUUUUUGGGGGGGGGGGAAUGGGCCACCCUUGAUUUUAGAACAGUAGCAUUUUUACGAAUGCGAAUGCAGUCCGUGGAACUGUGAGCAUGCGUAACAUUGGGGUUUAAGUGUAGAUAUUAAGUCUCAUUUCCCAGUCUUUAUUGCGGACUUCUGGUGACCUGCCAGUCAGUCCUGGAUCCAUCCCUGGCUUUUUUUCAAUUUCUUUAAAUUUUGCAAGAUGUGUUUUUGAAAAUUGUACUUUUUACCUGAUCUGCAGUUAACACAGACCAUUUAAUAUCUUGACUGUAUCAUGACAUUCCACAAUGAAAUAACUGUCUUAAUUCCAUUUUGUUUGUGUUUAAAUGUUGUGUGUCCUUUUAAAUUUGUGUUUUUAACAACUUAUUUCACAAAUUUUAAUUCUUCGGAAGCCGAAAUGGAGGAAAUCAACUCAAAAUGCCACUGUGACUUGAAUGCAGAAACUCUCUUGGGCUUUAAGGUUGGCAGUUCUGGACAGUAAUUGAAAAGUUUGAGCCUGUAGGUCGUAUGGUCAGAGUGAAACUUUAGGCAAGGCAUCGUCAUCUCGAUUUAAUCAGUACCAACUUUCAUUUUUUUGUUAGUUUUAAAUACUAGCAGUUCUUUGUGUUGUUUUUAUUGUAUUUUUGCAAGAUUGACUGUCCAUUGUCUAAAUUUUUUUAAAUACAGUUAUGCAUGAUAAAUUUGUAAUGUUGAUAUGUAGUAUUUUUCUGUGUAAAUUGUUUUACUUUUUUUAUGCAUUUUGCACAUGUGUGUGUUUAUGUAUAUGUAUACGUGUGUGUAUAUUAGAUGUAUUGCGUAAUUGUAUUGACUUUGUUUGCCAGACUGAUGUUGUCAUCUAUGAAUGGGUAGAAUCUCACUGUUAAGGUCUCGUGAAGGAAUUGCUUACACCAAUACUCAGAUAUUAUUCUCCCUCUUAUUUAUGAAAACAUUUCUAAUUUUGUUACUUGUAAUAACAUCUCAUUGCAAUCGUGAAGUAAGGGAAAUAUAUCUCAGUGAUUUAAAAAAAAAAAAUCCAACGAAUACUAGAAAUUAAAUAAAUGUAAAUACUGGUGGAAAAAAUUGGGCAGCAUGUUAGAGUAUCUUUUUAUUCAACUUGGUUAUGCAAUACUUAACAGUUGAAUUACUAUUUUAAAUUUAGAAUAAUUGUUAAUAACAAAUAUUGAUCCAUUAUCUAUUCAUGCACAUGAAACUGAUACAACUUUUGUAAUUUUUUUUGUGUCCCAUUUUAUGUUGUCUAGGUGACUCACCAACAUGAUGUUUCCAUUUGUGUUUACUGUUUCAAUUACUGGUUAUUAACUUAUUAAAGUAAUAAUUGAAAGAAAAAGAAUCCGUUUUUAAUUACGUAUUUGAGUAACUGUGUUGUAGUAAGCAAAGUUGAUACUAACAAGAAAUUUUUAUAUUUAUUUACAGGAGAAAUACAUAAUAAAAGAGUCUGUCUGUCUGUCUGUCUGUCUGUCUGUCUGUCUGUCUGUCUGUCUGUCUGUCUGUCUGUCUGUCUGUCUGUCUGUCUGUCUGUCUGUCUGUCGUUCAAGUAGCGCAGAGAGAAAGGCCUGGAGCAGUGGAACCUGAUACCUUGAUCCCCCAACAGGGUCCGUGUGCACCUCGCAACAUACCGUAAUUAUUUUGACGUGAUAACGUCUUAUAAAUCGAUGAAUGCCACCUGCAUGCACGAAAAAUUGUCACGUUCCGCCUGAGCCGAGCAUGCAAGAUCCGGCCAACCACCGUGCGAGAAAAUCUAUAAUAUCAAACAGGUUAAGGCGGUUUUUUUUACUAAUUGUUCGUGAUUAUAUUUAAAAAAAUUAUUUAAAUUAAAUUUGCAAAAACUGUAAAUAAUAUUUGAAAAUUAAAAAGUAUGCGAUUUUUCAUCAAUGUUUUCGUAUAACGUUAUCACAUAAAAUUAUCGUCCGUAAACCGACUUUACAGACUUUUUUUUUAAAUCUAAUUUUAUAGCAACUUUUCAUUUUCAUUAUCCCAUGUGAAGAACAUGUAUACUACUGACUGAUUACAAUAUAUCUAAACACAAAGGGGUUUAAAUAGGUUUAUCGUAGAUUAUAGAGCAGCACUAACAAAGGAUAUAUCACGCUCUUCAAGUAUAAUGUCUUAGUGACGAGUGUGACCUGUAGACUUCCCUAAUGAAGCACUAGUACCUGUGUCAGGUAGUAAUAAAUAAAACAAGUUAAUUUGUACCCCAUGGUUAUUAGUUACAAGCUAGACACAUUCUGUAGUUUCUGGUUUUAAUUUGGGAGUGUUCCGGCUUACGCCUCAGCUAUCAGAUCUCAUCACUGCACUGCCGGCGUGUUUAGUUCGCUCAGAGUUUAUCAUUACUGUCGCUUUUCGUUUCAGUACAGCGUUUCCUGGUUUAUAGUGGGUUACAAUUCACAUUGAUGUUUGACAACUGGCCUCCCUGGUCCCAAAAUUAGACUACCUAGAUCCUCAAACAGCCAUAAAUGGUGCCAUCAAAUACGUAUAAAAAUCUGAGUGAUUGUAAUGGGCUGUCAGCUUUGAAUUGAUACUCAACAUUGUUAGCUAUGACUAAACACUUAAGCAUUUAUUUAUGAUACUAGCCUUGUGCCCAAUGGGAUUUCCCAUCCUCAUUUUUGAUGACUUCCCAAAAGCACUGAUACAACUGAUACAAUCUUUUAUUAAUAAACAGAAGCCUAAACACCAAUUUCCAUAUUUCUCACUUCAAAAAUGACAAAAUGUUAUAUGUAGGUACACAAAUCACAAAGCAAACUCAAUAAAUUUGUUUCUCCCAGCCAAGAAGUCAAAUAUAAAUAAAAUAUAUUGAAAAAAGUAAAGCAAUUUCGUUAAGUUUUCACUGUUCAAACACAAAGCGAAAUCAGUAAAUCCAUACAGCCUAGCCAAGUAAAUUUGAUGUUGGUUUGUAUUCGUAAAUUCGCUUAGUUCUGUCACUGAUGUAAACUUAUGAAAAUACUUAUGUCACUGAGAAAAACAUCCAAAAAUUCUGUGAACAAUUUUUAAAAAUCAACUUUUUUUUUACAAACUGUACUCAGCUGAGAAAACUCUUUCAACUUAAAAUUAAGAUACCUUUUUUUUUACACGAGCUGAUUUUGAUGAAAUAAUGACAGGCCCCAAUCUUUGCUCCAGUUACCUGUGAAAACCCCAUGAAAAUUUGACUAGUAGUUUUGGAGAUUAGCGUAUUCAAACUGACCAAGUUUUUAAAAAUAGUCUUAUUGUAUUCUGUUACACUCCCUACAUCAUCCGUAAUCAGUUUUUGCCAAAUAUGUAUUUCCAGUUUUUAGAGACAAUGAUUUUACAUUUUUACUAUAGAGAAGAUUAAAAAAUUAAGAUACAUUAACCCCUUUUUAUGCCAUGUUAAAUGUAGUAGCUUGCAGGUCCUACACCACUGUUUGGGGUUUCACACUGCGGUGCAGUCAGACGGACAUUCCUGGUGGUUGUUCACAAUUACAAGAUAACCAAGUGUUUCGUAUUAAGUGUGUACAUGCUAGGGCGGUGUUUGUAAAAAAAAAAACUGGCAGAGAUUUGAAAUACCAAUUGGUUUAUAGCAAGAAUGUAUGUUUUUCGUAAUUCUUUCUCGGUCAUCGUGUUACUGUCUGUCGUGGAAUACUUGGUAAAGUUGUGCGGAGCUGCGUUCAGGCGUUCAGGCAGGGGCGGAACGGAGGGAGGGGGGGGGGGGGAAGGGUAUUUUGCCCCCCCUCUGAAACCUUGAAGUGGGGGCAAACGUGAGCAAAGAAAGUGCUGUGUAAUCAAUUUUUAGAUAAUAAAACUGCUUAAAUAGCACCAUUUUCCACCUUGAAAUACAAAUUUUCCCGGGGGAGGACCCCCUGCACCGGUUGCGUCGCUCAGUGACGGUUGUGCAGCGCUGUGAUGGUUGUACUGUCUGUUGGUGUUCUGUUGCUCCCAUAGUUGUAUCAUUGGUUUACUAAUUUUUAUUGUACAAUAGCAAAGAAAUAUACGUAAUAUAUUAAAUGUUUUCUGAUUUUU